AUGGAAAUGGACGUGUAUGAGGAGUUACUGGCUGCUGCACUGUUAAUCAUCUUCUCAAGUAUUGCUUUGUGGGGCAUUCGGAAGCUUUUGGCCGUCAGAAAACGCAAAACUAUCAAUGAUACUGCAUCAAAAAGUGAGUAUUUCACUUUCCCACCUUCAAAAUAGCCUGCCGAUCGCGGCAUUUACAAUUAAUUCAUUUUUUUCCCGCCGAUAAUGCUCGCGGUAUUGACUUUUCAAGCCCGAAGAGAAAUUGAAAGCUCGCCGGUCAUGCGCCUCUGGAAUUUGCUCGGAAUUUUGUUCAAUAUGUACCGACCAGACAGCUAUUUCUUCGCAGUACAGAGAAAGUUGCGAAAAACGCGUGUCGAUCGCAUGUAACAGCUGCUAAGCGGCGAGAAAACGAUAGAUAAGAUAUCAACGAGCGAAAACCGAACAAAAAUGUUUCAGGCGGACACUACUGGAGUCCAAUCGACUACAGCGAACAACAUAACUACUGUGCCGGUUGCAAAGAACACAUCGUUGCGGGUUACGAGUGUGAUAACUGCCUACUCAAGGUGGACAAUGUGAGUUCCGACGACAAAGAUUACAAAGUUUCUAAGAAACAGGAGAGAAACGAGUUGAAAUACACAAAAAUUAGGUAAAAAACGUGUAGCCGAACUGUGCAAACGAUGCGAGAGGACAGAUUGAGUUCUUGAAACACUGCUGCGCAACUGAUCGUCUGACGUGGUGGGGCGAGAGGGAGAGAGAGUGAGGAGACGCAGAGAAAGAGAGCGGGCAGGUAGAGUGGUCCGUCCGCUCGCUGUGUACCCACCGCGGAAUCACAAAGGAAUACUGGAAAUCGAUGCAGACUGACCCGAACCCGAACGGCGCGGCGGCGUCUUUUCGGGCAAACCUGAUUGCUGAUUUCAUGUGCCCUAGACAAAAACGUUGUUAAAAAUGACAGAAAAAGGAGAAUUAUGAGGAAAGAAACAAAAAUGAAUAGAUUCUGGUUCAGAUAAACUGCCUUCGACUGGUCUCCACAAAAAUCCACUGCAAAGUCAGCCAAUCGCUAUGCCAGAGGGAAUCAUUCGAUCAUCAUUGGGUUCGUCCGCUGGAAAAUCGCUCUCUUUCUCAUUUUUCUUUCAAGAUUUGUGGCAACAUUGGUCCCGAUCUGUUCUGUGAAGUCUGCGAAGAAUUGUGCGGCGGCGGCGUUGGACUCCAGGAUUUUCGGUGCUCUUGGUUCGUUUUUUGAUGACCUCCGUUGACUGAAAUUCAUAAAAAACGAAGUGAAACUGAUUGUGAAGCAAGCGUGUCGGGCGACUCGUAAACCCGAGUAUUUCCUUUUAUUUCCACCGCUUUUAGAUUCGUUUUCUGAAAACACAUCCGUGUCGGCAUAUGAGUGCCCAUUUCAACACUGUCUUUUUCAAUGAUGUCGCUCUCUGUGAACGCAUCACACUUCAAACCAUCCUGUAAUGUGCCCAAGGGGCGCUACAAAUGUCCGAUGCAAAUCGGCAUAAUUUUCUGACUGCUCCACCCACUCUUCUGCAAUAUCGCCUUCCUAAUACCAGAUUUGGUGGCUCCUCACUUCCGAAGUCAUCAUCGUUUUCCUAUUUUCUACAGGUUUACUUCUAUAAACCGCUUUUAAAAGAGACCAAACAGAACACCGACUACAUGUCCAAAGUAGUUUUCCGCCCCCGUUAAAGACUGAUAUUUUUCCUUUCUGACAUCACCUCUGGGACAAGGCUGUAUUAGUGAAAUUCGCUGAAAAAAAUAAGUCAGAGGAAAAGGCCUCUCUCCAAAAAUUAUGAGCGGGCAGUUCUCAGAAAUGCACCAUUUAGAAUAAUUCUUCUUCUAGUCUUCUAGUCACUUCACUUCCGAUUAGGAAGUGACGCAUCACUAUGGUAGCCUUCUGCUACUAAUGCGGCCAGAAAAGCACUCCCAGUUCAGAAGGAAAUGUAUGUAUUGGUGGUGACUUCUCCGUCCUCCCUCGCUUUCGUUAAUAUUUUGAUCCAAUCUCACAUCAUGCGCGUUGGGAAAACAGAAGAUUAUCAUCGUUGCACUCCCACCAGGAGAAUGAACAGUUUGUCUCUACUCCGAUCUCUGAUUGUUCAGCACGUGAGCUUUUCCUCCAUUCUUGCCCCGUCCUGGCAAACUAAAGGCGACCAACGUGCGCAAACAAACAGAACAGUCUUUCCUUAUUUUCCAGACCCUUUUUCUCGUCGUCGUCUUCUUCUUCUUCUUCUUCUUCUUUGAACACGAAGCCGAGACGCACUUUUCAUUAAGUCGAAAUUGAAAUUUCAUUAAUUUCUUCGCACCGAUCUCAUUUGAGCAAUGUAAACUGAAAAAAAUUGAGAGGAUUGGAUUUUCCCGGUCAUAAAAAGUAAAUUGAAUUCCUUGCCUUCUUCUUGGGCUCAAAGAAGAUGGAAUGUGCUUCCGGAGCUACAGUGUCCACGCCCAAUACGCCCGCUUUCCUCAUUUUGCUUUCCAUCCGCCAAGCCCAACCGUGCUUUCAUAAAGCUGCACAUGAAGCUGGUUAAUUUUUUGUCUACCUCUAUUUUUGGGAAUUCGUCCUCCGAAUCUUGUCUAUUCAAUAAACAAUUCUCGAUUUGUGAUCGGUGUCGUCGGGUUCAAUGAUGAAUAUUUGCUAGUUUUACCUUAUUACGUUACUGCCUCCAAUCCUAUUUUGGUCUUGUCUACUAGCUAGUUUGUGGGUCCAUCAAAUCCAAUUUGAAGCGGACUAAAAAAUUUCUGAAGUUUGUUCACUGAACGGACCUGCCAGUGGAACAUUGGUCAUCUAAAUUGUUUUGACGCGUCAUCAUCUCUGUUCUUCCGUUCACCUAGAAGUUGCGCAGUCCGUUGCGUACUUCAAGGUUGGUCGGAGAGUUUGGAAUGUAGUCAGACGAUUAGGGAAGUAGACGUCACUGUCCUACCGACUCCCUUCGUCACUUUGAUUUUGGAUUCCUUGGCUCUGUCAGCAUACGACAAAUGAGCUCAUCAAUCCCAUCUCGGAGCUUCACUUAGCUCGUAAGACUAUUAUUUUCCCCGAUUGCUUGAUGACUUCCCGGUUUUUCAUUCCUUCUUCUUUUUUUUUCAAAAUUUAUUUUGAAGAAAAAAUCGCAGAAAUGUUUUGCCUUUUUUAGCCGGACUAUCUUCCAGUUCAGUUUUUCCAUAGAAACAGCUGAUGAGUAUGCAUUACAUAAUUAUCAAUCCGUUGUUCCUCAAUGUGUUAUCUCGUGUGCCACAUGACACUUGGCCCGAGUCAGUGGGCACGCGUGAGCCUGGAAGAGAAGAAAAAUAAAAAAAAAACCCUCGAGAUACCGAGACGGACUGCCGUUGCCUUCCUUCCUUUCUAGCCAUUCAUCCAGAUAGUGUGGCGCAAGAUUUUCAUUGCGCAGUCCGUCCGUCACCUCGGGUUGUCCUGUCUGUCCGCAGUCCUCCUCGCCUCUCUUUCUUUCGAUCCAUCCGGUUUAUCGUGUCCUGUGUAUGUUUGCGACCACCACUGCGCCACUCUGAUUCUCUGCGCAUGCCUUCCUACGACAUCGUCGCCGACCGCAUUCGGUCUUACAAUGCUUUUCUGACAGUUUCCCUCCUUUUGUGAGGGAAAAAAGGAGAAGAAGAAGAAGAAAGUUUUUGAAGACGCGGAGAGACCUUCUUUCUCACCAAACCACCCUUUCUGUAGUUAUCAAUUGGUUUCAUAUUUGUCAAACUGACUUUUCUCGUCCUCGCCCGUUCACUCUGUCUUGUUCUCCUCUUCCUCGAAUUGCUGAUUAUGAUCGUAUGACAUUAAGUUCGUUUUUUGUUUGGAACAACAGGUCCACGCGGAGGUGAAACAAAGCGAUUAGUUAUAAUUGUUUGAUUUCUGCCUGGUACCUAUAGACAACAUUGAAAAAAACCGUUUCAUAUUAGUCCAGACUGCAUAUCUGUUUUUUCUGUCUGUGCCGUCCGUGAAACGAUGUUUGUUACUGAUCAUAGUCUAAACAAGCGUGUCUUCGGAGGAGACUGCAGCCCCAAAUUCACAAAAAUUUUCUCUUUGAGGAUUAGUGACGUCAAAACGCUAAUUGUUUGUUGGUUUGGACAGUUAACGCCGGCGCUAGGAGAUACUUCUCAAUGAAGUUUUUAGAUAAACCGCGGACGCGCUCUCGGCUGAAGCACCGGCAGUUGGUUUUUUGAUUUCGGCUCUUAUAAUUACACUGAAGAUCGCGAACCGCAAGUUAUUUUGUUCAGAAACUGAUCCGAUCAGAAAUCAGAAAACAAUAGUGAGAACUUGAACCCUCUUGGAUUCCUCAUUGGUCAAUCGUUUCCAUUUUGUUAUUCUGAGAGAUGCGAGGGUACUUUUUAUAAUCAAGACUAGAAUAUACUCAUGUUCGUUCUGUGCAUCGAGAUAUUAUUUUUUCAUGGUUCACAUAGACUAGAUGUUUAUGUUUCUGCAGCUUCCUCGGUUCACACAUGACAUCAUUUGAUUGGAUCGAACACGAAAGAAAUCAUAACUUUUUUGGUCAAUAUAACGCGCUUUCUGAAGACCCAAUGUGAUCAUUUCGGUGCUACACAAACUCUAUCUUCGAUCAAUCAUCGCUGGCGUACACUCUUCCACCCGAAAUUUACGACCAUCGCCUGAAAAUAACGAAACCGCAACGCAAUCUUCAAUUUUCCUUCCUCCUUCUUCUUCUCUUAUUUUCCCUUCUUUCUGAACUUCUUAACUUGCAAUUAGAAACCGGGUUUUUAACAUCUAGAUAACGGUUCUCUAUCUGAUCGAGAAUACUUUCAAAAUAAAAUUUUUGCCUUCUGGUCGGCUACCGUUCUCCAACUGAAAACCUGCAAUUCAUUUCAUUUUUGCAGGUGUUUGCGUGUAGUGCACACAAAGUGUAAACCCAAAUUCACUCAACGGUGCGAUUUCGGACGAUUACAAAGGACUAUUAUCCCCCCGUACUGCGUGGUCACCAGAAAACCGGGCAACCGCAACCAGAGAAUGGUGAGUUAGGCUCUGAUAGUUUUGUGUAUUACGAGUACGAUUCAGGCUGUCAUUGACAAAAUCGAAAUGCCGAUGGACAUUGAGAAAUGGCGUCCGAUCAUGGUGAUUGUCAACCCGAAGAGUGGAUCGGGAGCGGGAAAGCAGCUCCUCCGAAACUUCCGAUCCCAUCUCCAUCCGGCUCAGGUGGUCGACGUGCUCAAGUCGAACAUUGCCGCUUCUCUCCGCUGGGUCGAUGAGCAUCCGGAGGUGGAGGUCCGCAUUCUGAUCGCCGGAGGGGACGGAACAAUCUGCUCGGCCCUUGAUCAAAUCGACACGCUUAGUCGUCGCAUUCCGGUUUGUCAUCUUCGUCUUUUUCUUCUGCCUUAAACCCCCGUUAAUUUGAUUCCGAUCAUUUCCAUUUCCCUCCUGGUUUUAGGUGGCUGUCCUGCCGCUCGGCACUGGUAACGAUCUAUCUCGACUAUUGAAAUGGGGCAAAAAAUGCGGCGGAGACAUCGAUGUCAUCAAGGUACGUUUUACCCGAAUCAGAUAAUUAUGGAAGGGAGACCGAGACCUGCUUUUUUCAGUUGAUGGAGGAUAUACAAGAAGCCGAGGUCACACUUGUCGACCGCUGGACAAUUGACGCGGAGAGUCAGAAAAAAGUGAGUGAAGUGAAAGUGAGCGGAGCGUAUUGAAAUAAUGAGGGGGAAAGUGAAAGGAACGCUGACGAAACAUCAGGGACAAGCCUUUCUCGGUUUUAUAGCUUGGAGUACGAUUGCAGUCCAACAAAACGCUCUCGAUGACUAACUACGUGUCGGUGGGAGUGGAUGCGUGCGUCACACUGGGGAUGCAGAACACUCGCGAGUCGAUUCCACGUGCGAUGAGCAGCAGGUACACAACAUCAGAGAUCACGCGGAUCGAAUAGCAUCUGUUCAGAUUGCUCAACAAAUUCCUUUUCUUCACUUUCGGCACGAAGGAUGUGUUCGAAAGAGUAUGCAAAGGACUGAACGAGAGAAUCGACCUGUACCUAGACGGGGUGCACAUCAACCUACCCGACAUUGAAGGGCUCAUCUUCCUUAACAUUCCAUAUUGGGGUGCCGGUGUUAAGGUAAGUAAAAUGACGUGCAUUUUUUUUCCCUAAAACCUUCUUUUCAGCCAUGGUCCAAUUACAACGAUAGUCACCGCCAAGAUUGCGACGACGAGAUGAUCGAGGUGUUUGCGGUUACAUCAUCGUUCCACAUUGCUCAAAUGCAAAUCGGACUCGCGAGCCCAUUAUGUAUCGGACAGGCUAAACAUGCGAAAUUGGUGCUGCGGGGAAAUCAUUCGUUCCCGAUGCAAUCGUAAGUGACAUGUGACGGCAAACCUGACGUGACGUGCAAUUCCAAUUUCAGAGACGGUGAAGCUUGGGUUCAAUCGGCCGGAACAGUCUUAAUAUCACACAAGUGCAAAACGGCGAUGCUGCAGAAGGCAGAAAAGAAAAGCACCGGAUGUGGAAUGUUCUUCUGA